AUGGAAGGAGAAUCCAGUUUUUUAGCUGUUGCACCACCGGUCUUCGAUGGAGACAAUUGUCAAAUGUGGGCAGUUCGUAUGAAGACUUAUCUGGAGGCUUUGGAUCUUUGGGAAGCAAUAGAAGAGGAUUAUGAAGUCCCUCCACUUCUAGGAAAUCCUACUAAGAUGAAGGAGUCUGAGUCAGUGAAAGAGUACUCUAACAGACUUCUCAACAUUGCCAACAAGAACACCAAAGACCUGCCAAAGAUUUCUCUUAUAAAUCUGGAGAACACCAAAGACUUGCCAAAGAUUUCUCUUACAGAUCUGGAGAACACCAAAAGCCUGUCAAAUAUUUCUCUUACAGAUCUAGAGAACACUAAAAACCUGUCAAAGAUUUCUCUUACAGAUCUGGAGAACACCAAAGACUUGUCAAAGAUUUCUCUUACAGAUCUGGAGAACACCAAAGACUUGUCAAAGAUUUCUCUUACAGAUCUAGAGAACACCAAAGACUUGUCUAAGAUUUCUCUUAGAGAUCUGGAGAACACCAAAGACCUGUCAAAGAUUUCUCUUACAGAUCUGGAGAACACCAUAGACCUGUCAAAGAUUUCUCUUACAGAUCUGGAGAACACCAAAGACUUGUCAAAGAUUUCUCUUACAGAUUUGAGAACACCAAAGACCUAUCUUGAAUGCUUUACAAGCAUAAGAGAAAAAGAGGUCUAUGAGGCAAGAAGGGUGAUUGAAGGUGCCUUACUUGUUAAGCAUCAAGACAACACCAAGUAUAAAAACAAGAAAAUUUUCAAAAACCAAUCGACGAAUGGAAAUUCAUCUGCCAAUUAUCAGAAGACAAAAGGAGGAGGUUUCAAAAUAUCCUAUCCACCUUGCCACCAUUGUGAGAAGAAAGGUCAUCCACCAUACAAGUGUUGGAGAAGACCUGACGCCAAAUGCUCCAAAUGCAAUCAACUUGGACAUGAAGCUGUGAUCUGCAAAGUCAAAGGACAGGUGAAAGAAGUAGAUGCACAGGUAAUUGAUCAAGAAGAAGAAGAUCAAUGGUUUGUGGUCACUUGUUUCUCAGGAAAAGAAUCAAGCGAGAGAUGGUUGAUUGACAGUGGGUGCACAAAUCAUAUGACAUAUGACAAGGAGUUUUUUGAGGAAUUAAGAGACACUGAAGUCAAGAGAGUGAGGAUUGGCAAUGGUGAACACUUGGAAGUCAAAGGAAAAGGUACAAAAUUUAUUCUAGAUGUUUUAUUUGUACCUAAAAUUGAUCAAAAUCUCUUAAGUGUUGGUCAGUUACUUGAUAAAGGCUAUGAAGUGUUGUUUGAGAAUAAGCAGUGUUUGAUCAAAGUUCAAUGUCAAAAUGAAAGGAAAUAA